AUGGUGCUAAUCGAUCCGGCAGCGAUGACAGCUUUCUGGGAGCAAGACGUCCAGAUGCGCAUCGUGCAGGACAUACGGGACCAGUUGGAACUUGAUGGCUUGACAACAUUUGAGAGUUUUGCCGACUACACCAAGGCGGCCAUGAGGAAGCGAAUCAGCUACAUCCAAAACAUCCCUCAUUUUGGUCAAGAUUCGUUCAAACGCCUUGUGAUUGCAUUUGAAGCAUCUCGCAACUACAAGCUUGUUGGUCGCAAAAUCACUGCCGAAAUGAUGCAUUAUGAAGACACAUUGAAACAUUUUGCCGAGGACUGGAAGACCAUUGUUUCCCUUGAAGGAAGGCCUGAACCACCAGUCCCCACAAUUAGCCGAGCCCUUCCACCAAUGAAAUGGGUAUCCGCAUUUGUGAUUGCAAUGCAGACUACGAAGUCAGCAAGAUUCGGAAUCACCCUGUAUUAUGUGAUUCGCCCGGAGGAAGUGCCAGUCGAACCUGCACCUCCAUUGGAAGAGAACAAAGCUUUUUCUGAAGUCUAUGGUUCUCUUUGGGAUGAGCGAUAA